AUGACGGGAGUCACCAACGCUUUUGUGAAUCAAUUGACGAGCAACCACGCCGCAAACGGCCAUGCGACGAGCGGCAAUGCGACGAACGGCAAUUCGACGAGCGACGGGAAUGCGACGAACGGCUGUGGCCAGCACCCCGCCCCGAGCGAGUUAUUCUCCCUGGCGAAGCGCCGUCGCAUGGACGGCGAUAUCGUCGAGCAUCACACCUCGGUACCUCUGAAUCGGACCGUCAAGUCGGACCCUGAUCUCUGGCCGGACCGCACCGACCUGGACGAUUACGAUGACCGCGUGAAAUCCGCCGCGGCGGCCGCGGCGGAGUGGGCGGAGAUGUGCGACGCGGCAGUGGCGAUGGAGGCGGGGCGGCGCGCCCACGCGCAGAAGUGGUCGCGGCGCGUGAGAGAGGGGCUGGCGAAGGUGGUGGACGUGUGGAAAGGCAUGGGGCGCGAGAGGGACGUCGCGUCGCGCAUGAUGGACGUGGAUCACGGCAGCGGCAGCGGCGGCGGCGGCGGCGGCGGCGGCGGAAGCGGGAUGCUUCCGCGGAUCCGAUCCGUUCACGGCGACCUCGAUAACAGUUUGGAGGAUGGCUUUAUGAUGGUGGACGAUGGAGUGAUUCAGAGCUACUGCGCGGAGGAGCACCAUCACUACGGGCCGCGCAACGACUGCAAGACCAAGAUGAUCUGCACGCUGGGGCCCGCGUCGCGCAGCGUGCCGGUUCUGGAGAAGCUGCUCUUAGCGGGGAUGAACGUGGCGCGGUUCAACUUCUCCCACGGCUCGCACGAGUACCAUGCGGAGACGCUUAGCAACCUGCGCGCUGCUAUGGCGAACACGGGGAUCCUGUGCGCCACGCUGCUCGAUACCAAGGGCCCCGAGAUCCGCACGGGGCAGCUGAAGGGCGGGAAGGCGGUGCAGCUGCAGCAGGGCAGCGAGGUGACGCUAACGACGGACUACGCCACCCUGGGGGACGCCAGCACCAUCGCCAUGAGCUACAAGAGCCUGGCCAAGGACGUGCGCCCUGGCGGACAGAUCCUGUGCGCCGAUGGCAGCAUCUCGCUCACCGUGCUCUCGUGUGAUGUGGCCAAGGGCACGGUGCGGUGCCGGUGUGAGAACACGGCAGUGCUGGGCGAGCGCAAGAACGUGAACCUGCCGGGCGUGAUAGUGGACCUGCCCACCGUCACCGCCAAGGACGCCGAGGACAUCCUGCACUGGGCCGUGCCGCACGGCAUUGACUUCAUCGCCGCCUCCUUUGUGCGCAAGGGCUCGGAUGUUGUUGCCAUUCGCAAGCUGCUGGGGCCGGAGAACAGCAAGCGCAUCCAUAUCAUCUCCAAGGUGGAGAACCAGGAGGGCCUGGUCAAUUUCGACGACAUCCUGCGCGAGUCAGACGGCAUCAUGGUAGCCCGAGGCGACCUGGGCAUGGAGAUCCCCAUUGAAAAAAUCUUUCUGGCACAGAAGAUGAUGAUCCACAAGUGCAACAAGGCCGGCAAGCCCGUCGUCACCGCGACCCAGAUGCUCGAGUCCAUGACCAAGUUCCCGCGCCCCACGCGCGCCGAGUGCACCGACGUGGCGAAUGCGGUGCUUGACGGGACCGAUGCGGUGAUGCUGUCGGGGGAGACGGCGGCGGGGCAGUAUCCGGUGGAGGCGGCGUGUGUGAUGGUGCGCCUGUGCAGGGAGGCGGAGGCGAGUGUGGACCCGGCGGCGGCAUAUAAGGAGAUGAUGGCGGCCACUGCCAUGCCCAUGAGCCCCAUUGAGAGCCUCGCUUCUUCUGCUGUCAAGACGGCUGACAUGAUUCGAGCUGCUGUGAUCGUCGUGCUCACGCGCACCGGAGCGACGUCGAGACUCAUCGCCAAGUACCGGCCACCCAUGCCCGUGCUGUCAGUCGUGGUCCCGGAGCUCAUCCCCCACCCACACGACCCACUGCGCCUCGUGUGCUGCUCCGGUGCCGAAGCUGCUGUCAGGCAUGCACUGCUGGUUCGGGGGCUGCACCCUGUUAUGGCUGAGGGUGGGGCUCAUGCGACGGACAGUGAUGCGACCGAUGCUAUUGUGGCUGCUGCCAUUGGCACAGGCAUAAGUGGAGGGCUGUGCAAUGUGGGUGACACGGCAGUGGUGGUGCAGAAGAUUGGGAACGCCAGUGCUCUUAGGAUUAUGAUUGUGAAGUGA